AUGGACCAAGUUGCCCCGUUCAGCCCCGUGUCGCUACUGCUGUCAUGGAAAUCAUGGGCAUUCUUUCUUAUAUCUUACGUGAUGGGCGUUUGCGUCUACAAUCUAUAUCUUCAUCCUCUUGCUGCCUACCCUGGCCCUUGGUACGCGCGUGUGAGCAGACUCUGUGUUUGCUAUCACCUCUUCAUAGGAGACCUCCAUCUCUGGACCAAAUCACUUCACGAGCGAUACGGUCCGGUUGUGCGGCUGGCUUCCGAUGAACUGUCAUUCAUGACCGCCGAUGUUUUGAAAGACAUCUAUGGACACCGCGCCGGAAAGCCCGAGAACGAGAAGGACAUCUCCUACCGAUUCGACCCGAAACCAGAGCAUGCCAGUAUCGUCAAUGCCGACAGAGCGCGGCAUACGCAGCUCCGUCGGCUUCUGUCCAAUGCCUUUUCGGAUAAAGUUCUCCAGGGACAGGAGCCCGUCAUUCGAAAAUACACGGAUCUCUUGAUCACCAAACUCAGCGAGAGAUGCAGACAGGGAGAUUCAACCGUCGACCUGGUCAACUGGUACAAUUUCACCACAUUCGACAUCAUCGGCCACCUCGCCUUCGCCGAGUCGUUCAACUGCCUCGAGUCCACCGAAUACCACGCCUGGAUCAGCCUUACCCUCGCCUUGCUCAAGAACAUCGCCAGGUCACGCAGCGUCCUCCGCUUGGAUGAAAAGCUCGCGCCUCUCUUCAUGCGGCUCUCGGCCCUCCUCAACCCCUCUCUUCCCAAGUGCCACAGAGAGCUCUACCGGCUGACGCAAGAGCUCGUGGCGCGCCGCCAGGCCCGCAACCCCGAGUACACGGACUUCAUGACUCACCUGAUCGCCGCGCAGGAAAAGGGGCAGCUGAUCCAGGAAGACCUGCACAGCAACGCGCCCGUCAUCGUGGUUGCCGGCAGCGAAACGACGGCGACGCUGUUGAGCGGCGCGACCUACUACCUCCUCUCACACCCGGAGGUCCACGAGAAGCUCAAGAAAGAGGUGCGCGGGGCCUUCAACAGCGCCGAUGAGGUGACGAUCGAGCGUACGGGCAGCCUGCCCUACCUUCUGGCUGUGCUGGAUGAGAGUCUGCGUCUCUAUCCGCCUGGCUCCAACCCGCAUUUGCGCCGCACGCCGCCGGCGGGGGCUGUUCUGGGCGGCAAGUUCGUUCCGGGGAACACUGCGGUCGGUAUGAAUCAGUAUGCUUUGCACCGGAGCAAGGACAACUUUGCCCGAGCGGAGGAGUUCAUUCCCGAACGCUGGAUCGACCGAGACCAGGAACCGUGGAAGAACGACCGCAGAGAUGUCGUCCAGCCCUUCUCGUUCGGGCCGCGGAACUGUAUUGGAAGGAACCUUGCGUACAUCGAAAUGCGCCUGAUUCUUGCCAAAGUAUUGUGCACUUUCGACAUGGAACUGGCUCCCGAAACCAAGAAGGAUUGGCUAUCCCAGAAUGUUUUCGUUGUUUGGGAAAAGCAUCCUCUGCUGGUGAAUAUUAAGCUGGCGAAGGACAUUUAG